AUGAAGCUCUUUCUUCUUGUUGUACUUUUUUUCAUCAUUACUGUCAAUGGUAAUCCAUUGAAUCGCGAAUGCAAAUGCAAAGCUGUUUCAAAUACAAUCCAUUUUCCAUUUCAUUCAUGGGAUAUAUCAUCAUGUAAACUUUGUUCAUGCAAAGAUGCCGCUAUGGUUAAAUGUGAAGAAGCAUGUAAAGCUAUGGUACAAUCUUAUGCACUUACUGGUUGUGGAAAAGUUAUUAAAGGUAGCAAAGUGAAAUAUUCAUGGGACGCAAGUUCAUGUUCAGAUGGUGUUAGCAAAGUAGAAUAUACCUGUGCUUAA